UUGAAACUUCAAAUUUACACCAACUGAACCUUAGAGGUGGAAACAUGUCUAACCUUUCUUCGAAACGCCUGCUACUCCUGUUCAUCUUCCCCUCACUGUUCGGACAUGCACGCUCCUCGAACGGAUAUUUCUCUCUCACAAAUGCUCGGUGUCAGAUACCGUCAAGAGACGCAAAGGAUAUGGAGUACAUACUUGAGUACCAUUUCAAUGGAAAGUUGCUGCUGAUGUACAACAGUACUGAAAAAAAGUACACAGGUUAUACCCCCAAAGCAGUACUUGUGGCUGCUAAAUGGACCGGCACUUAUGAUAUUCUGAUGAGAGAGAGUGAUAAAGAUCUAUUAUGCAAAUCUAACGCUGCUGCAGUUUGGGACACGAUAAGGAUGAACACAGCCGAGCCCGACGUCCAGCUGUGGUCAGUGAAGCCUUUCAGCUCUGGACAUCCUAACAUGCUGGUGUGCAGUGCUUACGACUUUUACCCCAAACAAAUCAAAGUGACAUGGCUGAAGGAUGGAAAGCAUUGGACCUCAGAUGUCACCUCCACAGAAGAGUUGUCCAAUCUGGACUGGACCUACCAGUUACACACCUACCUGGAAUACGUGCCCAAACCUGGAGAGCGAAUCACUUGUAUGGUGGAGCACGCUAGCCUUGCUAGGCCCAAGCUGUAUGACUGGGACCCCUUGCCUGAAUCGGAGCAAAAUGAAAUAAUAGUUGGGGUUUGUGGUCUGCUGCUUGGAAUAGUAUGUGUGGCUGCAGGACUGAUUAAGUACAACCUACAAUCAACUGCUGGAAGAGUUGUUGUUUCCAGCAAGUUAAAGUUGGGACGUCCAGAAGCAGAAAAGAUUCCAGUGCGUUCUGUUUUAUGACCACUGACCACUGUUGUUAAAUCACAUUUGAUUUGAAUCCACUUUGUCCUUGUCUUGAGAAUUUCUCUGUGUGUGGAAAAAGGAUUGGAACCCCAAAAUACAGAUCUACCCCAUAACAGGCUGGCUAUACAGUAUUGUAAUAGAACUAAUGAUGUAAUUUUGCCAUGAACUAUUUUAUGUCCAGAAUUAUUUCUGAUCUUUUUUGGUUGGAUCGUUGAAUAUUUUUCUUGGUUAGUCUUGAUUACUUACCAAUAUUUACUAACAUAAUGGUAUAAGUAUAUAGUAUUGCGAUUUAAUGUUUGUUCCCCAUGAAGGACAGACAUUAAAAUGUAAUGGUUUGGGUAUGCACAGGAUUCCUAGUCAAUUACAAACAAAUGUGAUGUAAAAUGUAUACUAAAUGAUCCUAAUCCUUUCAUUUUCAACAAGCAUGAAUAAAAGUAGUAUAUUUUGGCCUUACUAUAUGUAUCACCUUGUUA